UAUUUCUGCACCUCUUAGGCUGACGCCAGUACUAUGGCACCCCUGAGGCGGAGUGGGACUAAAGCUACUGAAGGCUGCUCGUCGGGCUGGGUAGAUUUCGCAGAAUCGAGGCCCCUGGACAGUAUAAAGAAGAAUCAAGUCCAUCAUGAAUCCCAGAGGAAAUGGUUGAAAAUUUCAUUUUUGGGAUCAUCUGGUCUACUUGCCAGUCUUUUAUUGUGGAGCUUUUUGAAUGGUGAUGAUGGUGUUACUGAAGUUCUGGCUCAUCAUAAUGAAAUUCUACAGAACAGGUUUAUUGAGGUGAUUUGUUCAGAGGAUUAUGACAGUCACAAAAGAUUUGAAGGGUGUACACCUAGAAAAUGUGGCAGAGGCAUAACAGACAUAGUAGUCACUAGAGAAGAAGCUGAACGACUCCGUCGUAUAGCUGAAAAGGGAUUAUCCCUAGGAGGAUCUGAAGGAGGGGCUUCCAUUUUGGACUUACACUCUGGAGCACUUUCUUUUGGAAAACAUUUUGUAAAUCUGUACAGAUACUUUGGGGCAAAAAUCCAAGAUAUUUUUUCAGAAGAGGAUUUUCAGUUAUACCGUGAUGUGAGACAAAAAAUUCAGCACACAAUUGGUCAAGCUUUUGAUAUCAAUGUUUCAUCCAUGUAUCUGACAAAGCCUACCUUCUUCUCCCGGAUAAAUAGCACAGAGGCUAAGACAACUCAUGAUGAAUACUGGCAUCCUCAUAUUGAUAAGAUAACGUAUGGCUCCUUUGAUUAUACCUCAUUGCUGUAUCUCUCAGAUUACAUGGAAGACUUUGGUGGGGGACGAUUUGUGUUUAUGGAAGAAGGUGUUAACAAGACUGUAGAACCUAGAACUGGUCGAGUCUCCUUCUUUACCUCGGGCUCAGAAAAUCUCCAUCGAGUAGAGAAGGUCCAUUGGGGUACUCGAUAUGCAAUCACUAUCUCUUUUACCUGCAAUCCUGACCAUGGCAUUGGGGACCCAGCAGACCUUUAAGAGAAGGGUCUAAGGAAAUGUUAGCAGCAACUUUGUUGGAACAGCACUGGAGAAUCAUCACCAUACACACAAAUUGGAAGUAAUAAAAUGAUAAAUUUGAGUGUUAAAAUUUCAUG